CCAGCACCGUGGGACAGUACGCCCUCACCUCGGCCGCGUGACUAUUCACCAGAUCGCGAAAGUACUGCAACACGAGAUACCGAGAAGGAGCGUGAUUAUGAAAAGGAAAAGGAGCAGCGAGAAGCUGAACGAGAAAAAGAGGAGACACGGGAUCAGCAGAAGAAAAAAGCAACGAAGGAAGUCCGUGCUGCCGUUUCUACCCAGUCUCGCCCAAGAACAAAAACUAAUGAGAUCGCUCGGCUGCUUGAAGAUCUAUGCGAAGGCUCAUGGGCUAAUACUGUUCGGCGGGUGUCAUCUAGCUCACGCCGUCCUACCGAAGAGGCCAUUAUUGAGCGUAAUAGUAGGAAAGAAAAGAAAAAGAUGGAGAAAAAUCGCAAAAAGGAGCGCUCACGAGAACAACGGGCAUCAAUUGCUUCCUCUUCUGUAUCAUCAUUGACUACAUCGGCCUCGUCGAAACCUGCUAGACGAAAACUGAAGCAGCUUAGCGAUGACUCCAGCUCGGGAUCAUCCAGUGAUUCAGAUGAGGUUGUGCAACCUGUCCGGAAAGCAGCAGCAGUGGAAAAAAAGAAAACGGAAGCGGUCCCUGAUUUGCAGAAACGAAAGCGAAUCUCACCGCCAACCUCAGACAUGUCGUCAAUCCGAUCUAGCGAUUCUGACUCUGACUCUGAUGAUCGCAUACCAUCGAAAAAAGGUGGCAAACGCCGUUUCUCACCCGGAGAGAAGAAAUCGUCGGAGAAGAAAAAGUCGUACUCAUCAAGUUCAAUCUCUUCUGUUGCCAAAAAGAAGGCUAAA